AUGAUGUGCUCUUUGUAUAGGGCUUUGCUUUCUUCUUUGUUGCAGCUGGCCCGGAUUCAGACCGACAGCGUAGUCGAGAUGCUCCGUGAGCUAUACCCCAACCUCCGCUUUGAGAUUGUUGCCAUGUCAACGACCGGAGACAAGAUCUUGGAUACAGCACUUUCUAAGAUUGGGGAGAAGAGCCUCUUCACCAAAGAGCUGGAAAAUGCACUUGAAAGAAAUGAAGUUGACCUCGUGGUUCACUCCUUGAAGGACCUGCCAACUUCUCUUCCUCCUGGCUUUACCAUCGGCGCAGUCUGCAAAAGGGAAAACCCACUUGAUGCUGUUGUCUUUCAUCCCAAAAACUGUGGAAAAACACUGAGCCUCCUUCCUGAAAAGAGUGUGAUUGGAACCAGUUCACUUCGGAGAGCAGCACAGCUCAAAAAGAAGUUCCCUCAGUUAGAAUUCAGGGAUAUUAGAGGGAAUUUAAACACCCGCUUAAAGAAGCUAGAUGAGAAGGAAGACUUCAGUGCCAUCAUCCUGGCUGCUGCUGGGCUGAAGAGAAUGGGUUGGGAGAAUCGCAUUGGCCAGCUCCUAAGCCCUGAAGAUUGUCUGUAUGCUGUUGGACAGGGUGCCUUAGCAGUGGAAGUUCGUGCCAAAGACCAAGAGAUACUGAAUAUGGUAUCUGCCCUGCAGGAUGCAGACACCGUGUUAUGCUGCAUUGCUGAGAGAGCCUUUAUGAAACGUUUGGAGGGUGGAUGUAGUGUCCCUGUUGCCGUCAACAGCAUGCUGAAAGAUGGCCAGUUGUAUUUGACAGGAGCAGUCUACAGUUUGGAUGGAUCUGAUAGCCUGAGGGAGACUAUGCAGACCAGUGUUAAUUAUCCCCCACAGAAUGAAGAUGGACCAAAUGACGAUGUGCAGCAUAUUGGCAUCACAGCCAAGAAUGUCCCUGGUCAGGCCCAGGAAGCUGCGGAGAACCUUGGUGUUGAACUAGCUAGUUUACUUCUGAGCAAGGGAGCUAAGCAUAUCCUCAGCGUGGCAAGGCAGCUCAACGAUGCCCGCUAAACGUGUGGUGCGAUCGGCAUAAUUGCUACAACUCUAGCAAGUCUUUGCAGCUACACUUCCUUUGGAGGAAGGGAUUUAUUUAAAAGUUCGCACCAGUCUCAUCUGAUGCUUGGACACAAAAACUUGAAAUACUAAGUUGACUAACUUGAGUAGGUUACGCUGUUCAGGGUUUUCAUCCCUCUCUGCGUUUCUCUAAAUUGCAGAGUGCCUCUGUGAAGUUUUUCA